AAAAAUUCGACCUUUGUUCUUUUGAGGCUGCUUUGGUGAACAUCAUCAACCUCGCUGGCUGAGGUUGAGGAUCCUUGAAUUGAAGGACAUAGCCGCCCCCCUGCGUGUGCGGCAGCCUCACUUUGAGAUCUUCUUCGUAUUAUAUCUGGGCACAAGCUCAAUGGUUUGUUUCCUGGUUUGAAUGCCCUAUUCUCAUCCUCUUUUCACCAGUUUCCCUGUGGUUUUUAUCUCGUCCUUGGUGAUAGGUUCGCUCGCUCUCUACUGGCUGCCUGAGUAUUCACCCCCAAAAUGGCUCAGAACAAUAGCAGCGCCAGCGUAACUGGCGCAGCGCGCAUGGCAGGCGCAAGGCAUAAAAAGAGGGCAGCAGCACUGUCUGCAUCCUCCGCUUUCCAGCUCUUCCUCGAGCAUCGUCGGCGAGCACUUCGAAACUCGACUUCGCCAGAAGUCGAAUCGAAGAUCGUAAUUCCCGACAGGUAUUCCACGCCCUCACAAUCACAACCUCCAUCCAAUUGUCGGCCCUUCGCAUCUCCGCUGCGGAAGCCCAAGCUCGGCGACGCCACCCACUCGCGGGCCCUUCUCCGGCACCUCAGCAAGCUUGCGCCCCUAUACAGGCGCCAUCGCAAUCUUGAGCGCGCCCUCAAUCUAUUUCUACUCCGACGGCAAUUGUGGAGGCGCACACGAAGGCCAUUUUUCCAGAUGGAUUUUAUCAAGCGCCUCCGCGACAUUCAAGCCGACGAGUCUUCCUCAGAUGAGGAUUCCGGCCUCGUGCUCACCUCUGCCUCCGUCUCUGCUCUGCGCCAUCACUCCCCGGUCUCCGAACAGGCCGCCGUCGUUGCUGCGAACCAACCGGAGAAGACCAAAACGGCCGGCGAGAAGCGGAAGCGGAAGCGGGACACACCAGCCGAAGGCCCUGCGGAGGAUGUCGGUCCCGAGAAUCUCCCAGCCGCGAAAAAGGAGGAAGUCGAGACUGUUCCGCCCGCCGUGGGCAGGAAGCUGGCGGUCCCGCUGCCCAACGGCAGGGGCGGCACUGAUGGGAACAAGAGCACCAAGAAGCGGGCCUUGGAUGAGGAGACGGCCGGGGCCACGGCUGAGGAGAGGGCGGCCAAGAAGGUGAGGAUCGUGAAGCCGGUGGGCGGCGCCAAAGUAGAAGCGGAGAACCGCAAGUCGGCGCAGUCCGAGAGCAGCAAGGCAGCGGGCUCAGCCGCCGCCGCAGCCCCGCGUCCCAAACCGGUCGCGCAAAUGGAAUACCACGACCAGCGGGUGCACGACAUGCUGACGGACCCACUCGGCUUCGACGACUUUGUCCACGACACAACCAAGCCGAUUCCCCGUCACCUCGCCCGCAGUUUUGCCCGGUACCGCCGCCGCCAACCGCAGUCGCCUCCUCCCCUCGUCAUGAGCGGCGCGAUCGGCCCCGCGGCGCUCGCUGCGAAGUCGCCGGUCACCCCCAAGCUUAAGGGGCCGGGGAACAGCUUGGCGAAAGAGGCACAGAAGCGGGCGUACCAACAGAGGAUCAACGAGCGGGUGAAGGACAUGAAGGAGAAGAAGGCUGCGGAAUCCGAAUCGGGGUUCCCGGCUGAGCAGGGGAAGGGCAAGGCAGUCGUGGGCAGGCAGCCCCCCGGCGGGCUAAAGGGCGGCAGCGGCAAGCACAAGGAGAAGCGUUGGUUGACGGCGGCGCGGCAGGGAGGUGUGAACCAUGGCGAACAACAUCGAGCUAGGGUGAAGAAAUACAAGAAGCCGGUUUAGUGACCAGCGUAUUGUCUCCCAGACGAUGCUCGUGGGACCAAUUUCUGCCUAGGAAAGCUCCGCCUGUAGAAGGCUGCUGUCAGCGUUGAGCCCAGGAAGCAACUCUACCAUCUCCCGGACUGCCCCCCUCCCCCCCCCCCGGGCCGGC